AUGUCAAAUAAUUCACUUUCAUCUUCUACAGCAGUUAAUUCAUCUCAACGAAAUUUACAUAAUCCUCUUAUGAGAACUCCUGGUUCAGAUAUCUCUAACAGAUCUCCUCUUUCAGAUAUCACAAAUGUUACUUCACUGAAUGAAAGGCGUAAGCUUCGAAAAUUAAUACUUGAUAAUAAGAAAUUAAAGAAUGCGUGGUCAUCAUCAGCUGCUAAUUCAUCUCCACGAAAUUUACGUAGUAAGAGUCCUCUUACGAGAACUCCUGUUUCAGAUAUCUCUAACAGAUUUCCUCUUUCAGAUAUCACAAAUUUUACUCCACCGAAUGAAAGGCGUAAGCUUCAAAAAUUAACACUUGAUAAUAAGAAAUUGUUAAAUGCAUCGUCACCAUCAACGAAUGUUCAUAACAUCUUUUCUGACAAUGCAAAUAUGGUUGAAUGUUCUGAUUCUACGGAUCAACAUAUGUACUCCAUUGCGUGUCCAGCAGUUAGAAAUGCUACUGGUUCUUUAAUUUCAACUACACCAGGUACACCAGCAGAUAGCAACCGUCGAUAUUCCAUUACUUCUAGCAUUAUUAGCAGUAACAAUCAGUCGAUAUUGGGUAGUAACUCUACGCUUACACGGCUGUCUUCUGGUAAACAUAACCUUGAGCGCAAGAAGCGUGAUAAUGCUCCUGUACCUAUGCUCUCUUUGAAUUCCGAUCAAGAAAAUGUGUUCUUUUGCACUGAUUAUUUGGAUCAUGGUGACCAAGUGCUUACAUGUCAGCUUUGUAGUGCAAAGUUAUGGGCAUCGGAAGGUGGAAAAGGUCGUUUAACUUUAAAUAAGCUAUGUUAUGGUAUGUGUUGUGGGUAUGGUAAAGUUCAGCUACCGCCUUUAAAGGAUGCACAUCCGUCUUAUCAAAAUUUGUUUUCUUCCUCAAAUCCAAAAAGCAAGUUCUUCCUAAAGAAUAUAAGACGAUACAACUCUAUGUUCUCUUUUACAUCUAUGGGUGGAAAGCUUGAUACAACUCCUGUUAACAAAAGAACCAAACCUUCAUCGCCUGCUGAUAAAGAACUUGAUGUUGAAAUGACAAAGUAUUUGAGGGAUUUAUUAGAUUCACAAAAUAUGUUGGUUAAGACAUAUAGGAUGGUCAGAAACCAUUUUCACCAAUCUCCAGAUGCCAACCUUAGUCUUCGACCAAUUUAUAGAAGAGAAAAAGACGGCAUGACAUAUAACUUACCCACCACAUCUGAAGUUGCUGCUUUGGUUGUCGGAGACAUAGAUAAAGCUAUAGACCAUCGUGAUAUUGUUGUCCAGACGCAGUCGGGAAUGCUGCAGCGUAUUAGCGAAUUACACCCAUCGUAUCUUGCUCUUCAAUAUCCGUUACUUUUUCCAUAUGGUGAUGAUGGUUAUAGAGUUGAUAUUCCUCAUAGAGAUUUUAUGUCCACACAAAAGAAAAUAAAACCAAAGUGCACAAUGAGAGAAUUUUUUUCAUAUAGGAUCCAAGAUAGAACUUAUGGCUUUUCCUUAAUUUUAAAUGGGCGAAGGUUGUUACAACAGUUUUUGGUUGAUGCGUACACAAUGAUUGAGAGCGAAAGAUUAAAUUACAUUCGUAGGCAACAAGCGAACCUUUGCUCUGAAAGAUUUGAGAAUCUUCAAAAGUAUAAAUCUAAAGGUAAGGAAGUUUUAACAGAUAUUGGAAAGCCUGUUAUACUUCCUUCUUCAUUUACUGGUGGUGCAAGAUACAUGCAACAAAAUUACCUCAAUGCAAUGGCAUUAUGUAAGUGGUAUGGGUACCCUGAUUUCUUCAUAACUAUAACAUGUAAUCCUAAGUGGCCUGAAGUAAAAAGAUUUCUAAAAGAUUCAACCAUCAAAGCCGAAGACAUGCCUGACAUAUUAUGUCGAUUGUUUAAAAGGAAGCUUGACUCCUUAAUCAAAGAUUUUAAGGAUUCCAAGUAUUUUGGUGAGAUUAGCGCUGUUGUUUAUACAGUAGAAUUUCAAAAACGUGGUCUUCCUCAUGCACAUAUAUGCUUAUUCAUGAAGGUCGAUCACAAACUUCCAACCAUUGAUCAUAUAGAUCCAUUUAUUUCUGCUGAGAUUCCCGAUAAAGAAGAAGAUCCUAAACUUUAUUCUCUUGUGACUGAUUAUAUGAUUCAUGGUGGGAAUGCUAAUUUGAAUUUUCCUUGCAUGGUUGAUAAAAGAUGUUCAAAAAACUUUCCGAAGAAAUUCACACCACAUACAACUAUUGAUUCAAAUGGUUUUCCUGUAUACAGAAGAAGAGAUUUAGGUCAUACAGUUAUAAAAUCUGGUGUUAGAUUAGACAAUAGAAAUGUUGUUCCUUAUAACAAAAGGAUUUUGAAAAGAUAUCAAGCACACAUUAAUGUUGAAUGGUGUAAUCAAGCCGGUUCAGUGAAAUAUUUGUUCAAGUACAUCAACAAAGGUCCUGAUAUGGCUACUGUGGUAGUUGCUGGUGAUACAAGUUCAACCAUCAAAGAAAAGCCAAAAGAUGAGAUCAAGGAGUAUUAUGAUUGUAGAUAUAUUUCAGCUUGUGAGGCAUCCUGGAGAAUAUUCUCUAAUGAGAAUGUUGUGUAUGGUGCUGAUGACGAUAUUGAUAAUGUUUUAAGCAAGCCUUCUGUUGCUUCUUCAAUAUUUAUGCAAUGGAUGAAGUUGAACGAGACAAAUGAAUAUGCUAGAAAGCUGACUUAUGUUGAGUUUCCUUCCAAAUUUGUUUGGAUACUUAAAGAUAGAUGUUGGCAGGUACGUAAGUUGUACCAGUGUGUUGGCCGGAUUCAUUCUGUAUCUCCUGCUUUGGGCGAACCUUAUUUUUUGAGCAUACUACUGAAUAAAGUUAAAGGACCUAGAUCAUUUGAGGAGAUACGUACAGUUAACGGUCAAUUAUUCCCGACUUUUAGAGAUGCUUGCUAUGCAAUGGGACUUUUAGAUGAUGACAAUGAAUACGUUGAGGCCAUUAAAGAAGCAAGUUUUGAAGGACAUGUUGGGUAUCUUCGAGCGUUAUUUGCUACCCUGCUUUUGUCAAAUACUCUAUCUCGACCAGAAUUUGUUUGGGAGAAUACGUGGAAAUACUUAGCUGAUGAUAUUGUUUAUAGACAUCAAAAAGAAACAAAUAUUUCAGGUUUAGUGCUUCCUGAACAUCAGAUUAAGAACCUUACUUUGUUGAAAAUUGAAAACUAUUUAAUUUCCAAUGGUUCAUCAUUACGAAGGUUUGCCACUAUGCCGUACCCUGAUGGUGAUUCCUUACGUGAUGCUUCUAAUCAUCUGAUCAAUGAAGAGCUAUCACAUGACCUAGAUGAAGUACAAGCUGAGUUUAACAGGUUGCAUCAAUCUCUUACAGAUGAACAACGAGCGGUUUUUGAUGAAAUAAUGGAAGCAGUUGUAGGGCGUAAAGGAGGCCUUCUUUUGUCUAUGGUUAUGGUGGAACUGGAAAAACCUUUUUUAUGGAAGACUUUGGCUUCAGCUGUUCGAUGCAGAAAUGGAAUAGUUUUAAAUGUGGCUUCAAGUGGUAUUGCGUCGUUAUUACUUUCCCGUGGAAGGACAGCUCAUUCUCGGUUCCAUAUUCCCAUUAAUCUAACAGAAGAUUCAAUGUGCAAUAUUAAGCCAAAUAGUGAUAUUGCGAGAUUAUUAAAGGAAACCCAAUUAAUAAUAUGGGAUGAAGCACCGAUGGUACACAAACAUGCGUUUGAAGCUUUAGAUAGGACCAUGACCGACGUAUUUUCGGAAGGUAGGAGUAUUCGUUCGGAUAUUCCUUUUGGUGGUAAAGUUAUUGUAUUAGGUGGUGACUUUAGACAAAUACUACCUGUUAUUCCUAAUGGUACAAGACAAGAAAUUGUUAGUGCGUCUUUAAGCUCUUCAUACAUAUGGGCAAAAUGCAGACUCUUACGACUGACUAAAAACAUGCGUCUAACUAUUGGAGUUGAAAGUUCGAAUAUGAAGUCUAUCAGAGAAUUUGCAAAAUGGCUUAUUGAUAUUGGUGAAGGAAACGUUGGAGAUGAUAAUGAUGGUGACGCCAUUAUAGAGAUACCAGAUGAUUUACUUAUCACCGAUAUUUGUGACCCAAUACAAAGUUUAAUUGACUUUGUAUAUCCUUCAAUUAUUCAACAAUUUAGGAUUGCUGGAUUUUUUUCUGAGCGAGCAAUUCUAGCACCCAAAAAUGAGGUAGUUCAUGAAAUUAAUGAUCGAUUGCUUUCGUUAUUUCCUGAUGAUGCGAAAGAGUGUCUGAGUUCUGAUAGUAUAUGUCAAACUGAACAAAUUCUUGAUUCUUUUCAACAAAGCUUAUACUCAACAGAAAAAUUGAAUGCUCUUAAGAUUUCUGGCUUGCCUAAUCACAGAUUAGUUCUUAAAGUUGGUGUUCCUGUGAUGCUUCUUCGAAACAUUGAUCAACAGAAAGGGUUAUGCAACGGUACAAGGCUUCAAAUUACUUUUCUUGGUAAACGAGUUAUAGAAGCUGAAGUAAUAUCUGGUGGGAACAUUGGCACGAGAGUUUUUAUUCCAAGGAUUAAUAUGAUUCCGUCUGACAAAAAAAUACCUUUUCAAUUUCAACGAAGACAAUUUCCGUUAUCAGUUUGUUUUGCUAUGACAAUUAACAAGAGUCAAGGACAAUCGUUAUCAAAGGUUGGUCUUUAUUUGAAAGAUCCUGUCUUCACUCAUGGUCAGUUGUAUGUUGCAUUAUCAAAGGUCAAGACUAGAGAAGGCGUUAAAAUACUAAUAUUCGACGCUGAUGGAAAACCAACAAAUAAGACUUCUAAUGUUGUUUACAAAGAAGUUUUUACUAGCUUGAUGUACCUAUAUUCUUUGCUAAUCAAAAUUGGGGAGAUUGUUGGCAAAAAAGUAGGUUGCAAAUAUUUCAUGAGUCUGGUAACUGAAGACUGCUUCAUUGAACAAUUUUACGUAAACAGCCCACCAAGUGGGAAAUUUCAAAUCUGUUAUAAGGGUUCCUACUGGAAUGUUGAGGUGUUUAAAAUUGAUACGCACUUUGUAUUUUCUAGAGGAUGGCCGGAAAUGUGCAAUGAUGUUGGGAUACUUGAGGAUGAUUUGCUUGUGUUUAGCAGGAUUGAUGAUUUUGUUUUUGAAGUAGUAGUUUAUAGAGAUGAGAUUGAGAUUUGCUUUUUACAGAAACCUAAAUCUGAUGAUGAUAGUGUAGUUGAGAUAUCGAAGGCUGAUUAUGUUGAUAAUGCAUUCAAGGACAUCUAUGAGGAUGAAGAAGUUGUUUCUGUAGGUGAAGGUACAACCGUUACUCAGGUUAAGAAGAAAGGUAAAGUUAUUUCUGAGAGAAAGGAGGUCGUCAAGAAUAAGACUAAGGGAAAUGCUGCCUUACCUGUCGACACAAGUGAUCAUACUGGAUGUUCUUCGUCUGUUCAUAAAGUUAAGGGGAAGAGAGUUGCCAACGUUCAGAAAAAGCUUAACCGUAGAAAUAAGAUUGCAAAGAUUGCAAAAAAACAUUAUCGACAUUCUCUUGACCCUGAGUUCUUUCAUUUUGAUCGCAAAGGAGAGUAUAGGCUGCGUCUUCCUGCUGAAGUUGCGAGACGAGCAGGUCUUUCUCUUGAUCUUCAUCCUUUGAAAGUUCAAAACGUGGUUGGAGUUGUGGAGGUUUAUGAUGUUAAGUUGGAGUUAAAUGAAUUGAAGCCACGUUAUGCGUUGGACGGUUGGCGAAAGUUUAUGACUGACAAUAACUUGAGGUUUUUUUCUUAA